AUGGCAGCAGCAGCACCGCCAUCCCCCUCACCAAGCCCAGCGCCAUCCCCACCCCCGACUCCCCUCGCCUCAUUCCUCACCCUCACAUGGCGCAACAAGCUCCACUUCCUCUUUGCGGCCUUCCUCGCCCUCUUCGUGUGGAGCGUCACGCCCAUCUCCUGGCUCUACCUAGGCUACGACAUAGCUUUACGAGGGGAUAAACCGCGCCAUUGGUUCUCGAGUGUGGUAUUCUACUACUCGCUAUGCGAGGUGCCCUUCUCCAUCUACUUGCUCUCCCUCCGACGAGAGGCACAGAAGCUCCUCCCUCCCCCUCAGGUCAGCGUUGAGGCACUCGAGGAGCUACUGCAUCGCUGUCUCGGGGAUCAUUCCCACCCGUCGGAGCGGGACAAGUCAGCUGAGCAUCAGGAGGAGCAACGUAACCUCUUUCGCUCUCGAGCGCGCAGGUGGUUUCACCACAAGCCCCUCGAGGAAAUUUAUGCCGAUAAUGCGCGAGAGUGGUUGGGGUGGGCCUUUGGUGGGCGUGAGCUUGACGAGUUGCGUGCUGAUACGAGCAAGAAGGGACAGGAGAAUAUGGCAUUGAUCGAGAAGGGGUUGGGCAUGUUGGAGGUACAGCUAGGCCACAAGUUCACGCCAGGGUACAACCCAAAGGCGAGGGCGAUGCGGUUGACCCUCGACCCAGUCAAGACGCUGCAACGCCCCUUUGGGUACUACGUCGUUUGCAACUCCAUCUCCGAAGCCACAAUCGCCUGGCUACGCUUCGUCCACGGCUUCCGCAAGGAGCAACAUGGCCUUUGCGACUUCCUUGUCCUCCCUCCCUCCUCGCCCAAGCCGCAGCGCGACGAUCCUAGCCUGACCGCGAAUGGUCACCCAGCGAACGCAAGCAUCGCUGCGCGUACACGCUCGACGUCACACACCUCCUUCGGGACGCAGCCCAUCCUUUUCCUCCACGGCCUUGGCAUCGGCCUGGGACAGUAUGCGGUCCUGCUCCGUCGCCUCGUCAAGCACCGAGGCGGGGUAGCUAUCCUCCUUCAACCGAACAUCAGCGUCUCCAUCUUCAGCCGGCGAUACUUCCUCCAUGCACCCAACAAAGACGAGCACGUAGCAGCGGUACGCGCCUGCCUCGCCGCGCACCACUUUGAGAAGAGCACGAUCCUCUCCCACUCCAACGGGACAAUGGUGCACGGCUGGGUUGCGCGAGAUGCGCCCGAGCUGGCACACAGGCACGUACUGGUGGAUCCGGUCUGCUUCCGCCUGUGGGAGGGGGCGACGAGCUUUGCCUUCCUCGCCAAGCGAUGGGGUACGGGCAUCGAGAUCCUCUUGGGCUACUUUGUGGCUCGAGAAGUGGGUGUGGCAUACAGUAUUGCACGCCGCUUCCUCUGGUGGGACAUGCUGCUUUGGGCGGAUGACCUGCAGACGAUGGCGAGCGAUAGAUUGCAGGUCGUGCUCGGCGGCAACGAUGUGCUGAUCGACGUGCCUGCCGUGUUGGACUACUUGUCGUCUGCCGGGGUGCCAGAUGAGAGUGUGACGGUCAUUCCGGGGGCGCAACAUGGGCAGGCUCUAUUCAUGCCGAGCGAGGGGAUGAAGGUCGUGUGUAGGCAUCUGCAGUUGGAGUGGUAGGCGCGCGGGGGCUGUCCAGGCUUGAUACCAAUUUUCCGAGGAUUACACCUCGUCAUUAUUUUGUGUUUGUAGAUCUUCCUUUAAUCUGAUGCUCAGCUCAGUAUAUCUUCAUCCUCGUC